AUGCAUAGUUAACUUCUUAUAAUCAUACUAAUUGCUCGAAUUAUAAUAGUAUACAAUUAGUAUUCUCAUUCUGAUUGUUCUGGAUGGCUAUCAUCUUGCACUAUUAAUAAUUCAACAACUGGAUGUGAAACAACUUAUUCAAAUGUAUCAUACACUUAAUCCAUUAAUUAAUGUUAUAGUUGUACAAAUACUUGGAUGCCUACUUGUGAAUUACAUAGCUCAAAUACUUAUUUUGUCGAUAAAACUUGUCUGAGGAUCAUUAUCGCCUGCAAAUUGUAGCAGCUAUUUAAGUGA